AUGAGUCAGUGCGUUCUCAAAACAUUCACGAUUGACAGACUCAUCGACUGCAUUGGAGACAACGAUGCGAAUAUAUGCGAGAGGCUCCCUGAAUACCGAACCGACGACGAAGUCCUAUUCGACGGACUAGAUGGGAAGAAUGACGGGAAGUUUUGUAUCAAACCCCGUGGAAUACUUUGGCUAGCAGCAAGGGCGGCAAGGGAAGCCGGAGCGCCCUGUAACCUCGAUCGUAUCUUCUACUGCUGCCCCGAUGGGAACGUUGCUGGCUUCAGGUCUUGCCUCUGCUCCCAUUCUGUCACCGACAAGAAGUUGACGUGCAUGUCCGACGCCCUCGGAUUGUUGAGAAGCAAAGUCUUCAAUGGAAAGUGCGAAGAGGGGAUUCGUGACAGAGAUGUCAAUGUCAAGAAGCGGAUUCCACACCCAAUGCCCGCGAAAGACACGAAGAUUCUCCCUUGGAAGGACAAUUUGAUUGUCAAACUCGGUGAACAAUACAGUUGCUCAACCUUUGAUAGAGGCAACUAG